AUGGGUUUAACAUACGACGUGGACUUGGACGUAGACGUGGACGUGGACGUGGUCGUGGACGUGGACGUGGACGUGGUCGUGGACGUGGACGUGGUCGUGGACGUGGACGUGGACGUGGACGUGGACGUGAACGUGGACCUAGACAUGGACCUGGACGUGGUCGUGGACGUGGACGUGGACGUGGACGUGGACCUGGACGUGGUCGUGGACAUGGACGUGGACUUGGACAUGGACUUGGAUGUGUACGUGGACGUGGACGUGGUCGUGGACGUGGACAUGGACAUGGACGUGGUCGUGGACGUGGACGUGGACGUGGUCGUGGACGUGGACGUGGUCGUGGACGUGGACGUGGAGGACGUGGACGUGGACGACGUGGACGUCGACGUGGUCAUGGGCGUGGACGUGGACGUGGAUGUGGAUGUGGACCUGGACGUGGACGUGGACAUGGACAUGGACAUGGACGUGGACGUGGACGUGGACGUGGAGGACGUGGACGUGCACGUGGAGGACAUGGACGUGGACGUGGACGUGGACUUGGACGUGGACGUAGACGUGGACGUGAACGUGGACGUGGAAGUGGGCGUGGACGUGGUCGUGUACGUGGACGUGGACGUGGUCAUGGACGUGGUCGUGGACGUAAAUGUGGACGUGGUCCUGGACGUGGACGAGGAAGUGGACGUGGACGUGGACGUGGAUGUGGACUUGGACGUGGUCGUGGACGUGGACGUGGUCCUCGACUUGGACGAGGAAGUGGACGUGGACGUGGACGUGGACGUGGUCGUGGACGUGGACGUGGUCGUGGUCGUUGACGUGGACGUGGACGUGGACUUGGACGUGGACGUGAACGUGGACAUGGAUGUGGACGUGGACUUGGACGUGGUCGUGGACAUGGACCUGGAUGUGGUCAUGGAUGUCGACGUGGACGUGGACGUGGUCAUGGACAUGGACGUGGAGGACGUGGACGUGGAGGACGUGGAGGUGGACGUGGUCGUGGGCGUGGACGUGGACGUGGACGUGGACGUGGACAUGGACGUGGACGUGGACGUGGACGUGGACGUGGAGGACGUGGACGUGGACGUGGACGUGGAGGACAUGGACGUGGACGUGGACGUGGACGUGGACGUGGUCGUGGACGUGGACGUGGACGUGGACGUGGACGUGGACGUGGACGUGGACGUGGACGUGGACGUGGUCGUGGACGUGGACGUGGACGUGGACUUGGACGUGGACGUGGACGUGGACGUGGACCUGGACGUGGUCGUGGACGUGGACGUGGACGUGGACGUGGACUUGGACCUAGACGUGGUCGUAGACGUGGACGUGGACGUGGACGUGGACGUGGACCUGGACGUGGACGUGGACGUGGACGUGGACGUGGACGAGGAGGACGUGGACGUGGACGUGGACGUGGAGGACAUGGACGUGGACGUGGACGUGGACAUGGACUUGAACGUGGACGUAGACAUGGACGUGAACGUGGACGUCGACGUGGUCGUGGACGUGGUCGUGGACGUGGACGUGGACGUGGUCGUGGACGUGGUCGUGGACGUGGACGUGGACGUGGUCCUGGACGUGGACGAGGAAGUGGACGUGGACGUGGACGUGGAUGUGGACUUGGACGUGGACGUGGUCGUGGACGUGGACGUGGUCCUGGACGUGGACGUGGUUGUGGACGUGGACGUGGACGUGGACUUGGACAUGGAUGUGGUCGUAGACGUGGAUGUGGACGUGGACGUGGACCUUGACGUGGACCUGGACGUGGUCGUGGAUGUGGACGUGGACGUGGACGUGGACUUGGACCUAGACGUGGUCGUGGACGUGGACGUUGACGUGGACGUGGACUUGGACGUGGACUUGGACGUGGACGUGGACGUGGACGUGGGCUUGGACGUGGACAUGUAUGUGGACGACGUGGACGUGGACGUGGAGUACGUGGACGUGGACGUGGUCGUGGACGUGGACGUGGAGGACGUGGACGUGGACGUAGACAUGGACGUGGACGUGGACGUGGACGUGGUCGUGGACGUGGACGUGGACGUGGACGUGGAGGACGUGGACGCAGACAUGGACGUGGACGUGGACGUGGACGUGGACGUGGACGUGGACGUGGUCGUGGACGUGGACGUGGACCUGGACGUGGACGUGGACGUGGACAUGGACGUGGACGUGGACGUGGACGUGGACGUGCAUGUGGAGGACGUGGACGUGGACGUGGAGGACGUGGACGUGGACGUGGACGUGGACGUGGAGGACGUGGACGUGGACGUGGACGUGGACUUGGACGUGGACGUAGACGUGGACGUGAACGUGGACGUGGACGUGGUCGUGGACGUGGUCCUGGACGUGGACGUGGACGUGGACAUGGUCGUGGACGUGGACGUGGACGUGGACAUGGUCGUGGACGUGGACGUGGACGUGGACGUGGACGUGGACAUGGACGUGGACGUGGACGUGGAUGUGGACUUGGACGUGGACGUGGUCGUGGACGUGGACGUGGUCCUGGACGUGGACGUGGUUGUGGACGUGGACGUGGACGUGGACGUGGACUUGGACAUGGAUGUGGUCGUGGACGUGGAUGUGGACGUGGACGUGGACCUGGACGUGGACCUGGACGUGGUCGUGGACGUGGACGUGGACGUGGACGUGGACUUGGACCUAGACGUGGUCGUGGACGUGGACGUGGACGUGGACGUGGACCUGGACGUGGACGUGGACGUGGACGUGGACCUGGACGUGGACGUGGACGUGGACGUGGACGUGGAGGACAUGGACGUGGACGUGGACGUGGACGUGGACUUGGACGUGGACGUAGACAUGGACGUGAACGUGGACGUAGACGUGGUCGUGGACGUGGUCGUGGACGUGGACGUGGACGUGGACGUGGUCGUGGACGUGGUCGUGGACGUGGACGUGGACGUGGUCCUGGACGUGGACGAGGAAGUGGACGUGGACGUGGACGUGGAUGUGGACUUGGACGUGGACGUGGUCGUGGACGUGGACGUGGUCCUGGACGUGGAUGUGGACGUGGACGUGGACGUGGACGUGGACGUGGACAUGGACGUGGUCGUAGACGUGGAUGUGGACGUGGACGUGGACCUGGACGUGGACCUGGACGUGGUCGUGAACGUAGACGUGGACGUGGACGUGGACUUGGACCUAGACGUGGACGUGGACGUGGACGUUGACGUGGACGUGGACUUGGACGUGGACUUGGACGUGGACGUGGACGUGGACGUGGACGUGGGCUUGGACGUGGACAUGGAUGUGGACGACGUGGACGUGGACGUGGAGUACGUGGACGUGGACGUGGUCGUGGACGUGGACGUGGAGGACGUGGACGUGGACGUAGACAUGGACGUGGACGUGGACGUGGACGUGGUUGUAGACGUGGACGUGGACGUGGACGUGGAGGACGUGGACGUAGACAUGGACGUGGACGUGGACGUGGACGUGGUCGUGGACGUGGACGUGGACGUGGACGUGGAGGACGUGGAUGUAGACAUGGACGUGGACGUGGACGUGGACGUGGUCGUGGACGUGGACGUGGACAUGGACGUGGACGUGGACAUGGACGUGGUCGUGGACUUGGACGUGGAGGACGUGGCCGUGGACAACGUGGACGUGGAGGACGUGGACGUGGACGUGGACUUGGACUUGGACGUGGACGUGGACGUGGACGUGGUCGUGGUCGUGGACGUGGACGUGGACGUGGACGUGGUCGUGUACGUGGACGUGGAGGACGUGGACGUGGACGACGUGGACGUGGACGUGGAGGACGUGGACGUGGCCGUGGACGUGGACGUGGACGUGGACGUGGACGUGGACCUGGACGUGGACGUGGACGUGGACGUGGACGUGGACGUGGACGUGCAUGUGGAGGACGUGGACGUGGACGUGGAGGACGUGGACGUGGACAUGGACGUGGACGUGGAGGACGUGGACGUGGACGUGGACGUGGACUUGGAUGUGGACGUAGACGUGGACGUCAACGUGGACGUGGACGUGGUCGUGGACAUGGUCGUGGACUUGGACGUGGACGUGGACAUGGUCGUGGACGUGGACGUGGACGUGGACGUGGUCGUGGACGUGGACAUGGACGUGGACGUGGACGUGGUCCUGGACGUGGACGAGGAAAUUUACAUGGACGUGGACGUGGACGUGGACUUGGACGUGGUCGUGGACUUGGUCGUGGACGUGGACGUGGAUGUGGUCGUGGACGUGGUCGUGGACGUGGUCGUGGACGUGGACGUGGACUUGGUCGUGGACGUGGACGUGGACUUGGACGUGGACGUGGUCGUGGACGUGGUCGUGGACGUGGUUGUGGACGUGGUCGUGGACGUGGACGUGGACGUGGACGUGGAGUUGGUCGUGGACGUGGACGUGGACGUGGACGUUGGCUUGGACGUGGACGUGGACGUGGACGUGGACGUGAACGUGGGCUUGGACGUGGACGUGGACGUGGACGUGGACGAGGACGUGGUCGUGGACGUGGACGUGGACGUGGUCAUGGACGUGGACGUGGAGGACGUGGACGUGGACGACGUGGACGUGGACGUGGAGGACGUGGACGUGGACAUGGACGUGGACGUGGACGUGGACGUGGCCGUGGACGUGGGCGUGGACGUGGACGUGGAGGACGUGGACGUGGACGUGGACGUGGAGGACGUGGACGUGGACGUGGAUGUGGACGUGGACGACGUGGAUGUGGACGUGGACGUGGACGUGGACGUGAACGUGGACGUCGACGUGGACGUGAACGUGGACGUGGACGUGGUCGUGGACGUGGUCGUGGACGUGGACGUGGACGUGGUCCUGGACCUGGACGAGGAAGUGGACGUGGACGUGGACGUGGAAUUGGACGUGGACCUGGACGUAGACGUGGACAUGAACGUGGACGUGGACGUGGUCGUGGACGUGGUCGUGAACGUGGACGUGGACGUGGACGUGGUCCUGGACGUGGACGAGGAAGUGGACGUGGACGUGGAAAUGGACUUGGACGUGGACGUGGACGUGGACAUGGACGUGGACGUGGUCGUGGACGUGGACGUGGUCGUGGUCGUGGUCGUGGACGUGGACGUGGACUUGGACAUGGACGUGGUCGUGGACGUGGAUGUGGACGUGGACGUGGAUCUGGACGUGGACCUGGACGUGGUCGUGGACGUGGACGUGGUCGUGGACUUGGACCUAGACGUGGUCGUGGACGUGGACGUGGACGUUGACGUGGACGUGUACUUUGACGUGGACUUGGACGUGGACGUGGACGUGGACGUGGACGUGGGCUUGGACGUGGACAUGGAUGUGGACGACGUGGACGUGGACGUGGAGUACGUGGACGUGGACGUGGUCGUGGACGUGGACGUGGAGGACGUGGACGUGGACGUAGACAUGGACGUGGACGUGGACGUGGACGUGGACGUGGACGUGGAGGACGUGGACGUAGACAUGGACGUGGACGUGGACGUGGACGUGGACGUGGACUUGGACGUGGUCGUGGACGUGGACGUGGACGUGGACGUGGACGUCGACGUCGACGUCGACGUGGACGUGGACAUGGACGUGGUCGUGGACUUGGACGUGGAGGACGUGGCCGUGGACAACGUGGACGUGGAGGACGUGGACGUGGACGUGGACUUGGACUUGGACGUGGACGUGGACGUGGACGUGGUCGUGGUCGUGAACGUGGACGUUGACGUGGACGUGGUCGUGUACGUGGACGUGGAGGACGUGGACGUGGACGACGUGGACGUGGACGUGGAGGACGUGGACGUGGCCGUGGACGUGGACGUGGACGUGGACGUGGACGUGGACCUGGACGUUGUCGUGGACGUGGACAUGGACGUAGACGUGGACGUGGACGUGGACAUGGACGUGGACGUGGACGUGGACGUGCAUGUGGAGGACGUGGACGUGGACGUGGACGUGGACGUGGACGUGGGGGACGUGGACGUGGACGUGGACGUGGACGUGGACUUGGACGUGGACGUAGACGUGGACGUGAACGUGGACGUGGACGUGGUCGUGGACGUGGUCGUGGACGUGGACGUGGACGUGGACAUGGUCGUGGACGUGGACGUGGACGUGGACGUGGUCGUGGACGUGGACAUGGACGUGGACGUGGACGUGGUCCUGGACGUGGACGAGGAAAUUUACAUGGACGUGGACGUGGACGUGGACUUGGACGUGGUCGUGGACUUGGUCGUGGACGUGGACGUGGACGUGGUCGUGGACGUGGUCGUGGACGUGGUCGUGGACGUGGACGUGGACUUGGUUGUGGACGUGGACUUGGACGUGGACGUGGACGUGGACGUGGUCGUGGACGUGGUCGUGGACGUGGUCGUGGACGUGGACGUGGACGUGGACGUGGAGUUGGUCGUGGACGUGGACGUGGACGUGGACGUGGGCUUGGACGUGGACGUGGACGUGGACGUGGACGUGGACGUGGACGUGGUCGUGGACGUGGACAUGGACGUGGACGUGGACGUGGUCCUGGACGUGGACGAGGAAAUUUACAUGGACGUGGACGUGGACGUGGACUUGGACGUGGUCGUGGACUUGGACGUGGUCGUGGACGUGGUCAUGGACGUGAUCGUGGACGUGGACGUGGACUUGGUCGUGGACGUGGACGUGGACUUGGACGUGGACGUGGACGUGGACGUGGUCGUGGACGUGGUCGUGGACGUGGACGUGGACGUGGACGUGGAGUUGGUCGUGGACGUGGACGUGGACGUGGACGUUGGCUUGGACGUGGACGUGGACGUGGACGUGGACGUGGACUUGGACGUGGACGUGGACGUGGACGUGGUCGUGGACGUGGUCAUGGACGUGGUCGUGGACAUGGACGUGGACUUGGUCGUGGACGUAGACGUGGACUUGGACGUGGACGUGGACGUGGACGUGGUCGUGGACGUGGUCGUGGACGUGGUCGUGGACGUGGACGUGGACGUGGACGUGGAGUUGGUCGUGGACGUGGACGUGGACGUGGACGUUGGCUUGGACGUGGACGUGGACGUGGACGUGGACGUGGACGUGGACGUGGACGUGGGCUUGGACGUGGACAUGGACGUGGACGUGGACGAGGACGUGGUCGUGGACGUGGACGUGGACGUGGUCAUGGACGUGGACGUGGAGGACGUGGACGUGGACGACGUGGACGUGGACGUGGAGGACGUGGACGUGGACAUGGACGUGGACGUGGACGUGGCCGUGGACGUGGGCGUGGACGUGGACGUGGAGGACGUGGACGUGGACGUGGACGUGGAGGACGUGGACGUGGACGUGGAUGUGGACGUGGACGACGUGGACGUGGACGUGGACGUGGACGUGGACGUGAACGUGGACGUCGACGUGGACGUGAACGUGGACGUGGACGUGGUCGUGGACGUGGUCAUGGACGUGGACGUGGGCGUGGACGUGGUCCUGGACGUGGACGAGGAAGUGGACGUGGACGUGGAUGUGGACUUGGACGUGGACGUGGACGUAGACGUGGACAUGAACGUGGACGUGGACGUGGACGUGGUCGUGGAUGUGGUCGUGGACGUGGACGUGGACGUGGUCCUGGACGUGGACGAGGAAGUGGACGUGGACGUGGAAAUGGACUUGGACGUGGACGUGGACGUGGAUAUGGACGUGGACGUGGUCGUGGACGUGGACGUGGUCGUGGUCGUGGACGUGGACGUGGACGUGGACUUGGACGUGGAGGUGGACGUGGAGUUGGUCGUGGACGUGGACGUGGACGUGGACGUUGGCUUGGACGUGGACGACGUGGUCGUGGACGUGGACGUGGACGUGGUCAUGGACGUGGACGUGGAGGACGUGGACGUGGACGACGUGGACGUGGACGUGGAGGACGUGGACGUGGACAUGGACGUGGACGUGGACGUGGCCGUGGACGUGGGCGUGGACGUGGACGUGGAGGACGUGGACGUGGACGUGGACGUGGAGGACGUGGACGUGGACGUGGAUGUGGACGUGGACGACGUGGACGUGGACGUGGACGUGGACGUGGACGUGAACGUGGACGUCGACGUGGACGUGAACGUGGACGUGGACGUGGUCGUGGACGUGGUCAUGGACGUGGACGUGGACGUGGUCCUGGACGUGGACGAGGAAGUGGACGUGGACGUGGAUGUGGACUUGGACGUGGACGUGGACGUAGACGUGGACAUGAACGUGGACGUGGACGUGGACGUGGUCGUGGAUGUGGUCGUGGACGUGGACGUGGACGUGGUCCUGGACGUGGACGAGGAAGUGGACGUGGACGUGGAAAUGGACUUGGACGUGGACGUGGACGUGGAUAUGGACGUGGACGUGGUCGUGGACGUGGACGUGGUCGUGGACGUGGACGUGGACGUGGUCGGUGACGUGGACGUGGACGUGGUCGUGGACAUGGACCUGGACGUGGAGGUGGACGUGAACGUGGACGUAGACGUGGACAUGAAUGUGGACGUGGUCAUGGACGUGGUCGUGGACGUGGACGUGGACGUGGACGUGGUCCUGGACGUGGACGAGGAAGUGGACGUGGACGUGGACGUGAAAUUGGACGUGGACGUGGACGUGGACGUGGACAUUGACGUGGACGUGGUCGUGGACGUGGACGUGGUCGUGGACGUGGACGUGGACGUGGACUUGGACGUGGACCUGGACGUGGACGUGGACGUGGACCUGGACGUGGACGUGGACGUGGUCGUGGACGUGGACGUGGACGUGGUCGUCGACAUGGACGUGGACGUGGACGUGAACGUGGACCUGGACGUGGACGUGGACGUGGACCUGGACGUGGUCGUGGACGUGGACGUGGACGUGGACGUGGACUUGCACGUGGACUUGGACGUGGACGUGGACGUGGACGUGGUCGUGGACGUGGCCGUGGACGUGGACGUGGACAUGGGCUUGGACGUGGACGUGGACAUGGACUUGGUCGUGGUCAUGGACGUGGACGUGGACGUGGACAUGGUCGUGGAUGUGGACGUGGAGGACGCGGACGUGGACGACGUGGACGUGGAGGACGUGGACGUGGACGUGGACGUAGACAUGGACGUGGACGUGGACGUGGACGUGGACAUGGACGUGGACGUGGACGACGUGGACGUGGACGUGGACGUAGACAUGGAUGUGGACGUGGACGUGGUCGUGGACGUGGACGUGGUCGGGGACGUCGACGUCGACGUGGACGUGGACGUGGACUUGGACGUGGACGUGCACGUGGAUUACGACGUGGACGUGGACGUGUACGUGGACUUGGACGUGGACUUGGACGUGGACGUGGUCGUGGACGUUGACGUGGACGUGGACAUGGGCUUGGACGUGGACGUGGACGUGGACUUGGACGUGGUCGUGGACGUGGACGUGGACGUGGACGUGGACGUGGACAUGGUCAUGGACGUGGACGUGGAGGACGCGGACGUGGACGACGUGGACGUGGACGUGGAGGACGUGGACGUGGGCGUGGACGUGGACGUGGACCUGGACGUGGACGUGGACGUAGACAUGAACGUGGACGUGGACGUGGUCGUGGACGUAGACUUGGACGUGGACGAGGACGUGGAUGUGGACGUGGACGUGGACGUGUACGUGGACGUGGAUGUGGACGUGGACGUGGACGUGGAGGACGUAGACGUGGACGUUGAGGACGUGGACGUGGACCAGGACGAAGACGUGGACUUGGACGUGGACGUGGACGUGGACGUGGUCGUGGACGUGGACGUGGACGAGGACGUGGUCGUGGACGUGGACGUGGACUUGGACCUGGACCUGGACGUGGACGUGGACGUGGACGUGGUCGUAGACGUGGACGUGGACCUGGACGUGGACGUGGACUUGGACGUGGACGUGAACGUGGUCGUGGACGUGGACGCGGACGUGGACGCGGACGUGGACGUGGACGUGGACGUGGACGCGGACGUGGACGCGGACGUGGACGUGGACGCAGACGUGGACGCGGACGUGGACGUGGACGCGGACGUGGACGCGGAUGUGGACGUGGAAGCGAACGUGGACGCAGACGUGGACGCGGACGUGGACGAGGACGUGGACGCGGACGUGGACGUGGACGUGGUCGUGGUCAUGGACAUGGACGUAGACGACGACUUGGACGUGGACGUGGACGUGGACGUGGAUGUCGACGUGGACGUGGACAUGGACGUGGACUUGGACGUGGACGUGGACGUGGACGUGGACGUGGACGUGUAUGUGGACGUGGAUGUGGACGUGGACGUGGACGUGGACGUGGAGGACGUGGACGUAGACGAGGAGGACGUGGACGUGGACGUGGACGUGGAAGAGGAGGACGUGGACGUGGACCAGGACGUGGACGUGGACUUGGACGUCGACGUGGUCGUGGACGUGGACGUGGACGUGGACGUGGACGUGGACUUGGACGUGGUCGUGGACAUGGACGUGGACACGGACCUGGACGUGGACGUGGACACGGACUUGGUCGUGGACGUUGACGUGGUCGUAGACGUGGACGUGGAUGUGGACUUGGACGUGGACGUGGACGUGGACGUGGUCGUGGACGUGGACGCGGACGUGGACGUGGACGUGGACGUGGUCGUGGACGAGGACGCGGACGUGGACGUGGACGUGGACGUGGAGGACGCGCACAUGGACGACGUGGACGUGGACGUGGAGGACGUGGACGUGGGCGUGGACGUGAACGUGGACGUGGACGUGGACCUGGACGUGGACGUGGACGUAGACAUGGACGUGGACGUGGACGUGGAUGUGGUCGUGGACGUGGACGUGGACGUCGACGUCGACGUCGACGUGGACGUGGACGUGGACUUGGACGUGGACUUGGACGUAGACGUGGAUGUGGACGUGGACGUGAACGUGAACGUGGACGUGGAUGUGGACGUGGACGUGGACGUGGAGGACGUGGACGUGGACGUUGAGGACCUGGACGUGGACCUGGACGUGGACGUAGACUUGGACGUGGACGUGGACGUGGACUUGGACGUGGACUUGGACGUGGACGCAGACUUGGACGUGGACGUGGUCAUGGACGUGGACGCGGACGUGGACGUGGACGCGGACGUGGACGUGGACGCGGACGCGGACGUGGACGUGGACGUGGACGUGGACGUGGACGCGGACGUGGACGUGGACGCGGACGUGGACGCGGACAUGGACGAGGACGUGGACGCGGACGUGGACGCGGACGUGGACGUAGACGUGGACGUGGUCGUGGUCGUGGACUUGGAUGUGGAGGACGUGGACGUGGACGACGUUGACGUGGACGUGGAGGACGUGGACGUGGACGUGGACGUGGACCUGGACAUGGACGUGGACAUGGACAUGGACGUGGACGUGGACGUGGACGUGGUCGUGGACGUGGACGUGGAGGUGGAUGUCAACGUGGACGUGGACGUGGAUGUGGACUUGGACGUGGACGUGGACGUGGAUGUGGACGUGGACGUGGACGUGGACGUGUAUGUGGACGUGGAUGUGGACGUGGACGUGGACGUGGAGGACGUGGACGUGGACCAGGACGUGGACGUGGACUUGGACGUGGACGUGGACGUGGAUGUGGUCGUGGACGUGGAUGUGGACGUGGACGUGGACGUGGACUUGGACGUGGUCGUGGACGUGGACGUGGACGUGGACUUGGACCUGGACAUGGACGUAGACACGGACUUGGACGUGGACGUGGACGUGGACGUGGACGUGGUCGUAGACGUGGACGUGGACGUGGACGUGGACUUGGACGUGGACGUGGACGUGGACGUGGUCGUGGACGUGGACGCGGACGCGGACUUGGACGUGGACGUGGACGCGGACGCGGACGUGGACGCGGACGUGGACGCGGACGUGGACGCGGAUGUGGACGUGGUCGUGGACGUGGUCGUGGACGUGGACGUAGACACUGACGCGGACGUGGACGCGGACGUGGACGAGGACGUGGACGCGGACGUGGACGCGGCCGUGGACGUGGACGUGGACGUGGACAUGGUCGUGGACGUGGACGUGGACGUGGUCGUGGAGGUGGACGUGGUCGUGGAUGUGGACGUGGACGUGGAUGUGGACGUGGAUGUGGACGUGGUCGUGGACGUGGACGUGGUUGUGGACGUGGACGUGGACGUGGACGUGCUCGUGGACGUGGACGUGGACAUGGACGUGGACUUGGACGUGGACGUGGACGUGGACGUGGACGUGCUCGUGGACGUGGACGUGGACCUGGACUUGGACCUGGACGUGGUCGUGGACGUGGACGUGGUCGUGGACGUGGACCUGGACCUGGACCUGGACGUGGACGUUGUCGUAGAUGUGGACGUGGACGUGGACGUGGACGUCGACGUGGACAUGGACGUGGACGUGGACGUGGUCGUGGACGUGGACGUGGUCGUGGACGUGGACGUGGACGUGGACGUGGACGUGGACGUGGACGACGACCUGGACGUGGACGUGGACCUGGACGUGGACCUGGACGUGGACGUGGACGUGGACGUGGUCGUGGACAUGGACGUGGACGUGGUCGUGGACGUGGAUGUGGUCGUGGACGUGGACGUGGACGUGGACGUGGACGUGGUCCUGGACGUGGACGAGGAAGUGGACGUGGACUUGGACGUGUACUUGGACUUGGACGUGGACGUGGACGUGGUCGUCGACGUGGACGUGGUCGUGGACGUGGACGUGGUCGUGGUCGUGGACGUGGACGUGGACGUGGACGUGGACGUGGUCGUGGUCGUGGACGUGGACGUGGUCGUGGACGUGGACUUGGACGUGGUCGUGGACGUGGACGUGGACGUGGACGUGGACUUGGACGUGGACCUGGACGUGGUCGUGGACGUGGACGUGGACGUGGACUUGGACCUGGACAUGGACGUGGUCGUGGACGUGAACGUGGACAUGGACGUGGUCGUGGACGUGGACGUGGACGACGUGGACGUGGACGUGGACGUGGACGUGGACGUGGACGUGGGCUUGGACGUGGAUGUGGACGUAAACGUGGACGUGGACAUGGACGUGGACGUGGACAUGGACGUGGACGUGGACGUGGACGUGGACGUGGAUGUGGACGUGGACGUGGACGUGGACGUGGACAUGGACGUGGACGUGGACAUGGACGUGGACGUGGACGUGGACAUGGACGUGGACGUGGAUGUGGACGUGGACGUGGACGUGGACGUGGAUGUGGACGUGGACGUAAACGUGGACGUGGAGGACGUGGACGUGGACGUGGAGGACGUGGACAUGGACCACGAUGUGGACGUGGAUGUGGACGUGGACAUGGACGUGGACGUGGAUGUGGACGUGGACGUGGACGUGGACGUGUACGUGGAUGACGUGGACGUGGACCACCACGUGGACGUGGACUUGGACGUGGACGUGGACGUGGUCGUGGACGUGGUCGUGGACGUGGAUGUGGACGUGGACGUGGUCGUGGACGUGGACGUGGACGUGGGCUUGGACGUGGACGUGGACGUGGUCGUGGACGUGGACGUGGACGUGGACGUGGUCGUGGACGUGGACGUGGAGGACGUGGACAUCGACGACAUGGACGUAGACGUGGAGGACGUGGACGUGGACGUGGACUUGGACGUGGACGUGGACGUGGUCGUGGACGUGGAUGUGGACGUGGACGUGGUCGUGGACGUGGACGUGGACGUGGGCUUGGACGUGGACGUGGACGUGGUCGUGGACGUGGACGUGGACGUGGACGUGGUCGUGGACGUGGACGUGGAGGACGUGGACAUCGACGACAUGGACGUAGACGUGGAGGACGUGGACGUGGACGUGGACGUGGACGUGGACUUGGUCGUGGACGUGGACGUGGACAUGGACGUGGUCGUGGACGUGGACGUGGAGGACGUGGACAUGGACGGCGUGGACGUGGACGUGGAGGACAUGGACGUGGGCGUGGACGUGGACGUGGACGUGGACCUGGACGUGGUCGUGGACGUGGACGUGGACUUGGACCUGGACCUGGACGUAGACGUGGACUUGGACGUGGACGUGGACGUGGACGUGGACGUGGUCGUAGACGUGGACGUGGACGUGGACGUGGACCUGGACGUGGACGUGGACUUGGACGUGGACGAGGACGUGGACGUGGUCGUGGACGUGGACGCGGACGUGGGCAUGGAUGUGGACGUGGACAUGGACGCGGACAUGGACGCGGUCGUGGACGCGGAUGUGGACGUGGACGUGGACGUGGACCUGGACGCGGACGUGGACGCGGACGUGGACGAGGACGUGGACGCGGACGUGGACGCGGACAUGGACGUGGAUGUGGACGUGGUCGUGGACGUGGACGUGGUCGUGGAUGUGGACGUGGAGGACGUGGACGUGGACGACGUGGACGUGGGCGUGGAGGACGUGGACGUGGGCGUGGACGUGGACGUGGACGUGGACCUGGACAUGGACGUGGACGAUGGAUAUGGACACUUGGACGUGGACGUGGACGUGGAUGUGGACGUGGACGUGUACGUGUAUGUGGACGUGGACGUGGACGUGGACGUGGACGUGGAGGACGUGGACGUGGACGUGGAGGACGUGGACGUGGACGUGGACCAGGACGUGGACGUGGAAUUGGACGUGGAUGUGGACGUGGACGUGGUCGUGGACGAGGACGUGGACGUGGACCUGGUCGUGGACGUGGACGUGGUCGUGGACGAGGACGUGGACGUGGUCGUGGACUUGGACGUCGAGGACGUGGACGUGGACGACGUGGACGUGGACGUGGAGGACGUGGACGUGGGCGUGGACGUGGACGUGGACCUGGACAUGGACGUGGAUAUGGACGUGGAUAUGGACGUGGACGUGGUCGUGGACGUGGACGUGGACGUAGACUUGGACGUGGACGUGGACGUGGAUGUGGACGUGGACGUGGACGUGUAG